AUGCCGCCAUGGUAAAGAUAGCAUUGGACUUUAAAUGGACAUUAAUACGUGAGUUUUCAUAUUAUUUACAUAAGAAGUGUUUGCAUUUAAUUAAACAAGGAAAUCUUUUAAUUUAAAAAUAUAAUUAUAAACAUAAUGGCUCAAUAACCAUAGGCAGUAGCAUAUGCAGCACUUCUAUUGGCAGGUUCAAAUACUCCAUUAACAGCUGACAAUGUUGAGAAAUUGACCAAAAAAGCAGGAGUCAAUGUUCCAAAAUAAUUGGCAGCCGCAUUCGUUAAAGCUUUCGAGGGUAAGGACAUCCUCAGUUUACUCUCCGUCGGAGGAGGACAAGGCUCAGCCCCAGCUGCUUAAACCACUUAGGCUGCUGCUAAACCAGCUGAAGCACCAAAAGCAGUUGAAAAACCAAAGGACCCAGAGCCUGAAGAAGAUGUUGAUAUGGGAGGUUUGUUUGAUUGAAAUCAAUUACAAUAGUACAUUUAUAAUAUAGUUUGACUUUGCAUUUCAUAUU